AUGGACUAUAAAAUAACCGUCGCGGCAGUUCACGCAGCGCCCGUCUUCAUGGACAAAGCGGCCACUACCGAGAAGGUCAUCAAACUAAUUGAACAAGCUGGCCGGGAGAACAUCGAGCUGCUCGUCUUCCCCGAGACAUUCAUUCCUGGAUAUCCCUACUGGAUCGAAUGCUACCCGCCCUUGACCCAGGUCAGCUCCCUCGCCCUGUACGCCGAUCAGAGCGUCGUGAUCGAGGACGGCGAUGAGAUCAAGCAGAUCCAGGCCGCCUGCCGCAGCGCAGGCACAGCCAUCAGUCUCGGCAUCUCCGAGAGGUCGUCCCAGGGCUACACGCUCUUCAAUUCCCAGGUCAACAUCGACGCCGACGGGACCCUGCUCGGCGUCCACCGCAAACUCCAGCCGACCUACGCCGAGCGUUUCGUCUGGGCCCAGGGAGGCGGCAACACUCUGCGCACAUGCCGACCCAAAGCGUCGGGGAAGCCUUAUAACCUUGGCGGCCUGUGCUGCUGGGAGCACACCAUGAACGGCGCCCGGCAGGCACUCAUCUCCCAGCGUCAACAUAUCCAUGCUGGCGCAUGGCCGGCGCUCUCAACCAUGGCGGGGUUUACUGCGGUUGCCGAUGCGCAGAUCGAGGCGCUGAUGAAGACACAUGCGCUUACUGCCCAGGUCUUUGUCGUCACGGCGUCCAAUUACGUCGAUCAGAGCUGCCUGGACUGGAUGGAGGAGAACCUGGGCAAGCAGGAUUUCGUCAAGCUGGGUGGAGGCUGGUCGGCAGUCAUCCACCCGUUUUGCUCUUUUCUCGCUGGUCCGCAUACCGGGUCUGAGGAGAAGCUGAUCACUUGCGAGGUGGACCUAUCGCAGUUGGGACAGGUCAAGGUCUGGAUUGAUGGUGCGGGCCAUUACAGCCGUCCGGAAGUGCUUCAGUUCAACGUAGAUCAACGGCCAUUGUGGGAGGACGUGAGCUGGGAGCUGUCGCAGCCUGAGCCUGCUGAAAUCAAGAAGGAGAAUCUAGCUCCCUAG